UGUUGAGUUGCAUUUGGAAACGGUUUGGGACUCGAAGUGCUCGGCUUCCAAGAGCAGAGGCCGGAUACGGCGGCCGUCCAGGAUCUCGGACGCAUUGCGGGAGGACGGACGGAGUGGGUCGGAGUGAUGAAGUCGACGUGAUUGUCAUUGGCGGUGGACACGCUGGAUGCGAAGCGGCACAUGCGUCAUGCCGACUCAAGGCCAAGACGCUGUUGAUAACCCAAAAGAAGAGCACAAUAGGCGCCAUGUCGUGUAAUCCAUCUAUUGGCGGAGUGGGAAAGGGGAAUUUGGUUCGAGAAGUGGACGCUCUUGGUGGGUUGAUGGGUAUAGUUGCCGAUCGCGCGGGGAUUCAAUUUCGUGUAUUGAAUGCCAGUAAAGGACCUGCGGUACACGGGUACAGAUGUCAAGUGGACCGCGACUUGUAUCGAAUGCACAUGAUGGAUGCGCUGACGAAGAAUGAGUAUUUGGACGUGCUUGAAGCCAGUGUCGAAGAUUUGAUUGUGGAGAAGGAAGCGGUGUGCGGUGUGCAGCUGUCGGACGGUUCGAGUAUUCGGAGUCGAUCGGUGGUCUUGACGACCGGAACGUUUCUUUGUGGAACCAUUCACAUUGGAAGAGAGCGAGUUUCUGCGGGGAGGAUGGGAGAUCCGUCAUCCAGCGGACUGUCUAGAUCGCUCAAGGCCUUCAGUUUCAGCCUUGGGCGUCUGAAGACGGGCACGCCACCGAGAUUGGAUCUGCAUACGGUUGACUUUACAGACUUGGAGGUUCAGCCGGGAGAUGAGCGGCCGGCUGCGUUUAGCUUUUUGCACACGCGAGACGACUUGAUCCGAGACCAAAAGCAUUGCUGGAUGACUCAUACCAACGAGACGUCGCACAAAAUAGUUUCUGAGAAUAUGCAUUUGGCACCCGCAUUCGAUUCCGGCAAGGAGGGGCUGGGUCAGGGCCCGCGGUACUGUCCCAGCAUUGAAGUUAAAAUUCAGAGAUUUCCGAACAAAAGUCAUCACAUUUGGCUGGAGCCUGAAGGUCUGAACUCUCCGGUCAUCUAUCCAAACGGCAUCUCGUGCAGCUUGCCAAGACACGUCCAAGAGGAGUUUGUUCACAGUAUCAAGGGCCUAGAGGCGGUGAAAAUCCUGCAGUACGGCUACGCGGUUGAAUACGACUAUGUGGAUCCCAGAGAACUUUGGAGAACUUUGGAAACCAAAAAAAUCCGCCGUCUCUAUUUCGCUGGACAAAUCAACGGCACGACCGGGUACGAAGAAGCGGCCGCCCAGGGCCUGAUGGCCGGUCUGAACGCCGCGCUCAAGGUCCAAGGAAGGGAGCCAUAUGUCAUGGACCGGGCGGACGGAUACAUCGGCGUUUUGAUAGACGACUUAAUCACUCGAGGAACCAACGAACCGUACAGAAUGUUCACUUCCAGAGCCGAAUAUCGCCUCACCCUCCGAGCCGACAACGCGGACUUCCGAUUAACUCCCAAAGGACACGAACUAGGAUGCGUUUCGAGAGAACGAUACGAACUGUAUUGUCGCCGGUUGGAAGGUUGCCUUCGCACGAAGGAAAUUCUCUGCAGUCUCAAACUAACGCCCAAUCAAUGGAACGCGCUCGGUCUAACGCCAACCAAAUUCUCCAUGGACGGACGCCCACUGUCCGCCUCGGAGGUCCUUCGGAGGAAGGAAAUAGGCUGGAAGGACAUUCAAGCCGCCUUUCCGGACCAACUCGCGCCUAUCGACGACCACGUCGGAGAAUACUGCAGAAACGAGUGCUUGUACGGAGACUAUUUAGAGAGGCAAAAAAGAGAUGCACUGGCCUUCAAAAAAGACGAAGGCCUAAAAUUCCCGCCAGACAUCAACUACUUUCAGUUCAACGCUCUUAGCAACGAAGAAAAAGAAAAGCUGUCAGCAAUCAGACCGGAAACUCUAGGGCAGGCGAGCAGAAUAUCCGGAAUCACCCCAGCGUCUCUGUUCAGACUGCAUGCCAUGAUCAAUAAAGAAAAUAUGAACAAGAAAAGAGACGUAAAAUUGGGCAAUUCGUACGUUCGACCGACCUAGUCUCUCUUCAGCGCUUCGCGCCGAACCACCACAACAACGUGAAACGCAAAUCACAAGUGAAACGCUUCUGCACGCCACCUUCCUUUGUGCGAACGCUCUAUCGACUCAGGCGACUGCCCAACAGAUCCUACUACACAAUCAAUCGGUGCGCACAAUCUCCAACGGUCAACCACAAUCAAUCGAUGCGCACAAUCUCCAACGGUCAAAUGCCCUCGUUGUAACUUCGAACGACCUUGUUUGCAGCUUUAAACCGCGCGAGGGCCUCCCUGGCCGCCUCUCUCUUCUCUUCAAUCUCGGGACUUUCUACCAACAGCUCUCCAAACAGCUCCGGACGGUACAACGCGUCAACCAGGUCGUGUUGUAUUGACUCCUUACUUCUGUUCACCAUGUUGACCAUAAUGAUUUUCACGACUGCGUUUCGAAUGCUCUUUCGACUGAUGCCCAAGUAAAUUCGUAAGAACUGGACGAUCAUCCUCACCUGCGCCAUCUCUUGCUCGGACAUGUCCUCGAUUCGGACAUUGGCACCGAGCGAUCGCAGGCCGCCCAGCGCGGAGUCCGAUUCCGGCGGCGAGGACUUCAAUUCUGACUUGGGUCGCGAACUUUGCUCGGACGGCCCAAACAGUAUUGACCAAAACUGGCUGGCCAGGCCAUUCUUAGACUUCUCCUGACUCUCGGAGCAGCUCAGAGAAUCUGCGACGUAGCCGUCAUGUUGUUCCUGAACGGACUCUUGGUGAUGCAUGCGCUGCUUUACAAAAUCUGGGUGGCUGGUGUCAAUAUAACCCAGCUCCAAAUCAAUAAACUUAUGAAUCGCCUCGACUGCUUCCUUGAAGUCGCGACGAAGCGUCUUUAGAGCCAUCUCAUGAAUUCGGCUGACCAGUCUCGGAAA